AUGCGUAUCUACAAAUAUUAUAUCAUCUUCAUCGUAGUGUUGUGAGGACACAUCAGAGCAAUGGAGGGUGAUCAAUCCAUUCUUGACUCGAAUGUAUCAACUCCUGGUGAUGUUCAUCCACCGACACUUUUGGAAGACACGGAAAACAUUGGCUUUGAGCAUAAUACCACUCUUCAGAAGACUCUUGGAAAGACACUUCCUGAGUUUGAUUUAUUUCAGGAAGGGAAUCAAAGGUCCCUUCAAACUGCUAGAUAUAGCAAAGAACAGCUGUAUCAUAUCGGUCUGAGGAGUGUUGGAAGUGAGAAUGACGUAACUGGAGUUGGAGUUUUUAUUCUUGUAUCUUCAGCAUUUAAUAUAUUGCUUUCGUGAUUCACUCAAACAGCACCAGUACUAUUAGGGGUGGCUUUUGAUCAAAUGGCCACUGCAAACAUAAUGUCUUUAAUAGACUCCUUCCUGCCAGUUCAGUAUCACGAAUUUGUGCAGGCUCUCUCGUAUUCAAAGUUAGAUUUUGAGUUCAUGGAUCCGACAGAUAUCAGAAUGAGCAUUAGAAGAAGAGGGUACAUUAAUGGAGUCCCCUUCACAGGUCAUACUUAUCUCGUCCCUAUUAGGAUUCCAGCAGGAUCUGCAACGACUAAUUACAUCUUCAUGUGGAUGCUUGUUGGAGUACUGCUGAUUGUCCAUACAAUUUUAAUAAUAGUAACUUGUCUUCCAGUUGUAAAAAACUCUGACCAUGAAAUAUGGAAGUUUGUUAAAAAGAUCCGGAGUGCAUUUGAGUUCUAUAUUUACUUCUACUUGAUCGUAUUUACAAUUCCUUACUCUACGAUCACUUCUAUCAAUGAAGUUGCAGAGGAGUACUGGGAGACAACACUAUUGACAGCCUCCUUCUUUCUCUCAAUUUUCUAUAUCAUUGCUUUGGUAGUUAUUGGAUCUCUACCAAUCUUAUUUACUUUCUCUGAAAAACUUGGAAUAGAAGAUGAAGAACUAGCACAUGACAAAAAUUGGAAAGUUCUUUUAAAGAGGCUCAGAGCUCCCUAUUGGGUUGGAAUCAGGGAAGAUCACAUCGCUAGACUGUUUUACACUAUUCUCUUCAUGAAGUACUUUGUUCUUGCUCUAUUCCUCGUUCUUUCUGAAAAGAAGGGUGUCCAGCUAGCAUUUUUCAUAGUUACGGAUAUUUUAUUCUUUGCGUAUCUUAUAAUAGUGAGACCCUUUAGACACUUGCUUCAGAAUAUCGUAGCUAUUGGCAAUGCAGGCUUCUCACUUUUUGUAGCUUUCCUCUUUAUUGGUUUUAUGAAGGAUGAUGCUAGUGGAGAAAAAGGCCUGGCAAUCGCAUGCUCAGUUUUCUUCGGAUUCAGCAUGCUGGCAACAGGACUCGCCGGACUUUUCUUCCAAGGAUACCUUCUUUACAAGAAAGUCAGCUGGGAUGGAAGAUUACCUAGGUCGAUCUCCAAGUAUUCCACACAAAAAGAGUCUGGAGAGAUUGGAAAUACUGAACAAAAAGUCAAUAGAGGAUCCGAUGAGAUAAACAACGUGUAUCUUGCCAAUGACGAAGAGAACUUGGAAGAAGAGGCAUAAAUAAACUUCUCAGUAAUAAUUUCGCUAACCACAUGCUCA